AUGUACAUUUACGAGUUGCCGUUCGAAAUAAACAAGGAGCUGUGUAGAUUACUCGACAAUGAUGAUGAUUGGAAAGAAUUGGCUGGAAUUCACAUGAAAUAUUCAGCGUUUGAAGUAAACGAAAUAGAGCAAGUAGCAGCUCGUCAAACGUCAUCUCCGACGGACCAAUUGUUCAAGAAAUGGGGUCAAUUAAACCAUAGAGUGGAAGAACUGUUCAUAUUACUUCACAGAAUGAAACACAUUCCCGCUCUAAGGACCCUUGUACCAGUUGUAGAUGCGAGGUUUCAUAGAUUACUUCACAAACAUGAUAGUAAAAGCUUAAAAGACAAACACACACCGCCCAGUGAAGUGAACUUAAACAAGGUAAAGACACAGAAAGUUGAUGGAAGUGAAAGUUCUCUACCAUUACCUGUGAUGCUCAUUGAAAAGGGUGUUCAACUUCCAACAGCGAGCCCGGGUAUUGAAAAUUCACAAACUGAAAAUACAAGCACGGAAUCAAGUAAAAACUCAACAAGCCAAGCCAGCAAAGAAGGAUUUGAUAAUGAGUUCUUAAGGAAUGUGUCAGCUAUACCGAUGUUGAGUUAUGAAGAUCUAAGAGAAGCGACUAAUAAUUGGAGUGAAAAUAAUUUACUAGGAAGAGGAGGAUUUGGACAGGUUUUUAAAGGUGAAUGGAAAUUACUCCCGGUAGCCGUUAAACGUCUUCGUGACAAUGAUGAUAAGAACAGAGAGUUAAUACGAGAAAUGUGUCUCAAUCAAUACAGACACGAUAAUAUAUUACCGUUAUAUGGAUAUAGUUUGGGUGGACCUGAAGCGUGUCUUGUAUAUCAAUUGAUGGCGGGCGGGUCACUGGAACAGAGACUAAGGUACAAAACAUCACACCCUCCGUUAUCAUGGAAUCAAAGGUACAGAGUCGCUCACGGUGUUGCCAGAGGUCUUCAAUAUCUACACACGAUGGCGGGAACACCACUAAUUCAUGGUGAUAUUAAACCGGCUAAUAUUCUUCUUGAUCAAUGCACUAUGCCUAAAAUUGGCGACUUUGGUCUAGCAAGGAAAGGGCCUUAUGGUGAAGACAGAACACAUUUAAAAGUCUCCAGAGUGCACGGUACCCGUCCCUAUCUACCAGAUGAAUAUCUUCGCUCGCGUUGUUUAUCUCCCGCGGUAGAUGUAUUCAGUUAUGGAGUUGUUAUGUUAGAAAUGGCCACAGCUUUACCAGCCAUUGAUAAGACGAGAUCUGUCUUACUUCUGAGUGAUUAUAUGCAACAAUUGGCGAGCGAAGGGGUGGAUUUUGGUAAUUUCGAAGAUAGAAUACUCAAAGCGAUAAACAAUUCUAAUGUCCAUCUGUGUAGAGAAUUCGUCUCAAUAGGACUCCAUUGUACAAAAUAUUCUCGUCAAGAGAGACCCAACAUGCUUGAGGUGUAUAAAAGACUGAACGCCAUGGAAUUUCCUGGAAAGAAUUUAACUUGA